AUGUCUUGGAAUACCAUUGAAUCUGAUGCUGGAAUAUUCACACAGCUUGUGAAAGACCUCGGUGUCUCUGGCGUUCAAUUUGCCGAGAUUUCCAUGCUAGACACAUUACAGGAAUUGUCUGAAGUGCUGUACGGUGCCAUUUUCCUUUUCAAGUACAAUGCUGCCGAUUACUCUGGGGAAGCGCCCGCUCAAGGACAAUACAAUUAUGAUUAUCCCAAUUCUCUGUUUUUUGCAAAUCAAACCAUACAGAAUGCUUGUGGUACGCUAGCAGUGCUAAAUACUCUGCUGUCGCUUGUUAAAGAACACCCAAGCGAAAUCACACUUGGAUCUACACUCUCUGACUUUUUGGAGUUCACUUCUGCCUUCAGAGAUUCUGAGCUUCGCGGCGAAAGCAUUUCCAAUUCUGAUCAAAUCAGGAACGUUCAUAAUUCGUUUUCAAGCCCAGACCCUUUUGUCCUGGAUGAAAAGCAGCAGAGUCCAGAUCGCCCUUCUGCUGAUGUAUUCCAUUUCACGAGCUUUAUCGAGCAUGAAGGCGUUCUUUACGAGCUUGAUGGACUUCGUCCUGCCCCCAUCAUUCAUCGUGAACUCGUCAACGAAUCUGGUAACAAGGCUCAGUUCGCUGAGAACGUCACAAUCGCUCUUCAAAGGCGCAUGCAGCUAGCGCUCGACUCAGAUGGUAAGUUUUCUGUUAUAGCCAUUCACAGAGAUACCAUGGAUUACUUGAAAAGCCUGAAAGACGAGGGCGCAAUUACGGAUUAUGAAUAUGAGCUGAGACAAGCUCAAGAGCUGGACAAACGAGAAUCUUGGAGCAAGGAAAUUUCGCUUCGGAGACAAAACUUACACGGUCUAGUAUUUGAGCUUGCGAAGCAGGUAGCAGGGUCGAUGUCUGAUGAGGAGUUUUCAGCUCAAAUAACUCGAGCCCAGAAAGCAACUCAAGAUCGCAUACAAAGAUAUCACGGAGGACUUUAA